UUCCAGUUGGGAAUGCUGUACGACUGCCGAUCAGAUGCUCUGAUCCCAGGCAUCACCCUGUGGGACUUGCAGACACUGCAGAGCAACCUUGACCGUCGUGACCAGCCCAGCACUGAGUUUCACAUCAUUGCGUCAGAUUCCAUGGAGAAGAAAGUCAAUGCCCUCAAUGUGUCAGGGUCACUGAAGGCGAGUUUCCUGGCUGGGUUAGUGGAGGUGAAAGGGUCAGCAAAAUAUCUCAGAGACACGAAGGAAUCAAAGCAACAAGCACGAGUUACCCUUCAGUACAAAGCAACAACCAGGUUUGAACAACUGACGAUGAGUCACUUAGGGAGACAGAAUAUUACCUACCCGAGUGUGUUUGAUGAGGUCUCAGCCACCCAUGUCAUUACAGCAGUGCUGUAUGGGGCCCAGGCCUUCUUUGUGUUUGAUCAAGUGGCUUCUUCAGCAGAGAACACACAGAAUAUUCAGGGCAACAUGGAGGUGAUGAUUAAACGUCUCCCUAUGAUUGCGAUUGAGGGAGAGGCCUCCCUAGAAAUGACAGAAGAACAGAGCUCUCAGGCCGAGAAGUUUAGCUGCACAUUUUAUGGGACUUCUCACUGA